GGCCAAUAUUAUCGUCUUCUCAGUUGCGCAUUCAAAGACGUCGUAGAAUUUUGCUGCUGUAUAAAGUGUUCACAAUGUCCACCGUGAUGGAGAGACAGUCUCGCUAUCGCCAAAUGAUGGAUCCCGGCAGCUACGACGGACAGUCUGCAGGCCUCCACUUAUCAUCGAUGUCACAGCCCGACCCCUCCGUGAACUUUGGAGCGACUCCCUACCAGUCUUGCACUCUCCCGAGGCCGUCGAGACCACGCGGUGGCGUGCCGGCGACAGCGGCGAGCGGUUCCCGGCGUCAGAUACUCUCCAACCGCGUGUCGGACUACCUCAAAUCCCUCAACUCGAUGACUCGCUCAAUAGUACUGGAGAAGGAGUAUGUUGAGGAGAGGCAUGCGGGCGAGUGGCAGUGCAUGGACGAGACCCUACAAGAAGACGUAGUCGACGACUAUUUCAUGCCGUUGGACGUGCACGCGCAUUACGGAACGCUACCGAGGUCGCGCUGCUCCUACCGCGAGCCUCGCAGUCCGUCCGCUGCAUCGACGUCUUCGCACGACCAGCGAUUCUCCUUCAGAAAUGCCUGGGUCCCGAGCGCUCUGUCUCAGCCCCCAGACACGACGGCCUACCCAACUCCCUCAUCUCCCACACAGACGUAUUUCAUCCCUCCCACCCACAACCGACUCCACAAGAACCAGCUCUCUUACCGCUCCAAGGCUCUCAGGAAGGUCAUGAACCUUCCACUGCCCACAGGACCAGAAGACUCCGCCCACCACCAACACAGACAGCAACAGCAGCCGGAGCCACACCACCAGAAGAGAGACAGCGGCCUCGGAAGCGACGGAGAGAGUCCACGGACAUCCGACGAGGACCAGAACCCACUUGCGUUCCAGCGAAACCACCUGCGCAGCUUCAGUCUCCGACAGAAGAAGGGCGGCGCUCGCAACCACGGGUCUCUCUCUCGCUCCAGCACUCGCAGAGCACCUCAAAGAAUCACUGCUGGCAGUGAAAAUACUCGCGGUGCUAACGGAACCAACUCUCCUGGGAACUCAAGACAAGGGGGACCGGGAUAUGAUGCAGAAGUGGACUUGCCGGAUGAUUCUCUCCUCCAUGACCUCAUGGGACUGCCACCACACACAACCAAACGGGAUCUCGCUCGCCUCCCAAACCGUCCAGUCCCGAUGUACCACAACCGGCCUGCCGUCGUGCUGACAAACCUUCGCAGAGUCCACUCAGAGGACAGCAUCGAUACAGACACUGAGAGCAUUGCCCAGUCUAACGUCAGCAACCUCUCCAAGUCAACUGGCAUACUCACCGAGGACGAACUGCUGAGUGAUGCAACUAUCCCCACGUGUCUAACGCCCGAGUCACUCUUGUCCGUACCCUCGACUUCAGGGGGUAAGAGGGGGCUGGUGCGCUCUCGGCCGCAGAGCCGACGCGGGGGAUCAUUCCUCCAGACUUCCACCUCCGAGUUUGCCAACCGCAGGGCUCAGUUCAAACCAAACAUGCUCCGCAAUCAUAUCAGUGCACAGAGCUCCCCGACACACACACGACAGUCCACCCCGUCCUUUUCUCGACAGAACACCCCCGGAGUAUCUUCCCCCACUCCCCACCCCGAAGUAUCUUCCCCUACCCCAGCACACCCCGACACUUCCUCCACACCCCAUCACCACAAGGCGCCUACUCCGCCUUCCCUCCCCCUCAAGCAUCGUCGUAGCUCUGUCAGUGGAAGCAUAGACCUUCCAAUUUCCCCAGAGCAGAUUUUGAUCUCUCCGCACACACCUCUAGUCAAGUCGAUCUCGACUAGUGGUGGCAGCGUUUCUCAUCAUCUGCACAUACGCAAGAACAGUACUUCAGAGCAGCAAAAGAGAGAAUCUGGCUACAUCUCCAGCAGCUCUGAGAGCUUUCCGUUCCCGGCACGCAAAUAA